UUUGCUGGUGGUAGACCCACCGGCCACGGAAUGCUGAUGGCAAAAGCGAAUAGGGAAGAAGUUCGACCUUUAAUUAUUCUGCUUCCCAUUCUAUUUCUUUUCACUCUUCAACCUUAUCUCUCUCUCUCUCUCACACACACACACACACACACACACUCCUCAAUCCCCCAAAACAUCUACUUCAAGAGCUUCUUUGGUUGUAGUAUUUGAAUUUGAGAUUAAUUAAUUUGGAGCAGCUCCCUCUUCAAUCUCCUUUUUGGAUCUGUGUGGCUCAAUUCAGAGGAAGUGCCCAUGGCGGAGGCUGUGGUAAGCUCAUUACUCCUAAAUAUCGGUGCGACCUUAGCUAGUGAAGCAACUAAAGCAGCAACGUCACGAUUGCUAACACGGAUAUCAGCAAUGAAAGGCCUUGUGGAGGAUAUAAGUGACAUUAAGGGUGAGCUUGAGAGCAUGCUAUCCUUCCUACGGAUUGCAGAAAGAUUAAAAGAGAAGGUUGAGAGCACAAAAACCAUCAUAAAACAAACAAGAGACUUGACUUUUGACAUUGAGGAUAUUAUAGAUGAGUUCACAUACAAGCUCGGUGAAGAGCAAGGAGGGGUCCUGCCUAAAACAAUCAAGAGGUGCAGAAAUAUAACAACUUGGCGUCGCCUUAGCAAGAGGCUUAACAAAAUCAAAGUUAAGCUUCGAAACAUUAAGGAACGAAGGGAGCAAUAUGAUACAAGCAGAAUGGAAAAUGAAGCAAGACCUCUAAUAGCUGCUGGCGGUAGCAACAGCCCCGCAGAAUUAGCACAUUUUGUCGAGGAGGAUGAUAUCGUGGGUAUUGACAAGUACAGGGACUUGUUGCUCAGAUGGUUGAAAGAUGAGGAUGAGCAGCAACGACAGCCCAUGAUAAUCUCAGUGUUGGGGAUGGGUGGUCUAGGGAAGACCACUCUCGUGACUCAUGUGUACAAUAUCAUCAAAGCUUCCUUUGAUGCUUGUGCCUGGGUUGCUGUAUCUCAAAGUUAUGAGACUGAUGAUUUGCUUAGGCAGAUCUUAAAAGAGUUGUAUAGGAAAGAUCGUGAGAAAAGAGAAGCACCUAACAACAUUAAUACCAUGGAUUAUAGAAGCUUGGUUGAGACUAUCCGCACUUACUUGCAGUGUAAAAAGUAUGUACUCAUUCUGGAUGAUGUUUGGAGUACUGAUGUACUGGACAAGAUAAAGUAUGCACUUCUGAAUAGUAAUUGCAAGAGUAGAAUAGUUCUCACAACAAGGAUUCGCGAUGUAGCUCUAUUAGCAAGUGAGAACCGUAUGUUUGAGCUAAAGACACUAGAGGCAGAUCAUUCGUGGGAUCUGUUUUGUAAAAACGCAUUUUGGAAAAGUGCAAACAAGAUUUGCCCACCGCCUUUAGAACAAUGUGCUAAAAAAAUUGUCGAGAAGUGUGGUGGCUUGCCCCUUGCUAUCGUAUCGAUAGCCCGUCUCUUAUCAUUUCGAGAAAAAACCGGUUCUGAAUGGGAGAAGGUUUACAAAGAUCUUGAGUGGUACCUAACUAACAAUGAAUCGAAGCUCCGUGAAAAAGUACAUGACAUUUUGAAACUUAGUUUGGACGAUCUUCCCCAUUACCUUCGAAAUUGCUUCUUAUAUUGUUCUAGCUUUCCGGAAGAUUAUCGAUUUCAAAGUGACAGGCUCAUAAGGCUUUGGGUGGCCGAAGGGUUCAUUGAAGAAAGAGGAAUAACGAUGGAGGAAGUGGCCGAGGACUACCUUAACGAACUCGUUCACCGCUGUCUACUACAAGUGGUAUAUAGGGAUGCACUCGGUAGAGUUCAAGAAUGUCGAAUGCAUGACGUCGUUCGAGUCCUCGCUCUUUCCGAGUCAGAGGAGUUAAGUUUCUGCAUGGUCUAUGAGCAUUCAAGGGCAAUGUCGCAGGGAAAUAAAGAACGCCGCUUGUCAAUCAUAUGCAAUAUAACUAAUUAUCGUCCUGAAGACGAAUCUCAUUUGCGUUCAGUACUUGUUUUCAACAAUUCCAUGAGCAAUGAUUUAUUGAAGUCGGUCUUACGAUCAUCAAAAUUUUUACGUGUCUUGGAACUACAAGGAGCGCCGAUCGAGAAACUACCGAGUGAGAUCUGUAACCUAUUCAACCUGCAUUAUCUAGGCUUGCAGGACACAAAAAUCAAGGAGCUUCCAAGAUCAAUCGGGAAGCUACGAAAUCUGCAAAUAUUAGAUACAUAUGGAAGUGAAAUAGAAAAGCUGCCAAAUGAAAUAACAGAGCUUCAAAAGUUGAGACAUCUACUUUUCCCCGGCAAUAUGGAUAAGCACAUCAAGGCACCGGUGGGAAUACGGCGUUUGAAGGGCUUGCAGACUUUAGUAUCAAUUGAAGCAACUGCGGAGAUUGUGCGGAAUGUAGAAGCUUUGACAGAGUUGCGGGAAUUUGUGAUAACCCGCGUAAGAGCCCAUCACUGUGCAGACUUGUGGAAUAGUAUCACAAAGAUGAACCACCUUACUGGUUUAUAUGUCGAAAGUGUAGAUGGGCAAGAAUUACAGCAGUUAGGCACCCUGCGCCUACCUCUGCCAAUUCAAUCAUUACAUCUGUUUGGUGAAUUAGAAAAUAACUCACUCCCUGAGCUUGCCACGUCCUUUGGGUCUCUAACAAACCUAACUGCAUUGUCACUUACAUUUGCAAAAUUGGAUGAAGAUACGUUUCCUUGCCUGCAAGCGCUGCCUGCGUUGAUGCUUCUCCACCUUUAUGAGGCAUAUUACGGCAUGAAGUUGCUCUUCCAAGCAACAUCAUUCCCGAAGCUAAAGGAAUUGGAAAUAGCAGGUGCCCCGAUGGUCAGUCAGGUGGAAAUCGAAAGAGGAGCAAUGGCAAGCCUGAAUAAGCUUUACCUAAACCGUUGUCCAGAGCUAAAGGAGCUGCCCCACGGUAUCGAGUACCUUACCACCCUUCAGGAUUUAGACAUUCGGUAUCCAGCAGAGGAACUUGUUGAGCUGCUUCGAGGAGGAGCAGGAGGAGGAGGAGGAGAAGGCGACCACAGCAAUGACUGGCGCAUGAGGGUUCGCCACAUCCCGAAUUUUACUAUCCGCUUCGAACGAGACGGCGAGGAUGUCACAGAAAGGAUUCAAUGAUUCCAUAUCAUGUAGGUGAGUUUGUGCGCUUUUUGCAAGGCACCGACCGAGCUUGAUGCUUUCAUAUUUUCCGCCUCGGAUCUUCUAAACAAUCCGUGCUCGAGGAAAAUUGAAAAUGAUGAUCGUUAUAUGCAGAUGUUAUCUUAUAUGUGUAUUUUAUUUUAUUUUCAAUGUAUGUGUAUGUAUAAGUGGAUGCAUCAAAUUAGUUGGUGCAUGCAUGCCUUCAGCUAUUCGCAUUAUGUAUUUGGAGAAUGCUUUGUACCCUUAAAAGAUGUAGUUUCACAAAUAUUAAUUGUUGUUUAACAGAUCGAUUAGUGAGAAAAUCUAUUGUUAGA